AUGAACGAGGAUACGGCUGUGGCCGUUCAGCCACGCAUCAAUGGCCUUCUCGCUUCCUCCCCGCCUGCAUCGCAUCUGCAUUGCUGCACGUUUCCAAUAGAACAACAGCCGGUAGUGCCCUUCAGGAGCUGGUACGCCUCGAACUACUGCAACGAGGAGCAUUUAUCCGUGCUACUGCGGUUGCAACGGUGCUUCCCUUCACUUCAGCGUGCGAUCACAAUUUAUUUUAAUGUUUGGAGUUGCACUGGUGAGACGGAGUUUUACACGGCCUUCUUCCCCACGAUGGCGUGGCUGGGUUUGUGGCCCGAGGUGCUGGAUAUGGCGGUGCUCAUGUGUCUGAGUCAAUAUAUAACCGGGACACUAAAGGACGCGGCAGGGUGCCCGCGGCCGCCAUGCCCACCAGUAGAGCUUCGCGGACGGGCGAAUGCCUCCAAGGAGUACGGCUACCCAAGCACCCACGCUUCUCACAGUCUCCUCUUCUCGUAUUCGGUGUACCCUUUUUUGAUCCGUCUUUUCCCCAACCAUCCCGUGGCCUGCGUGGUGGCCUGCAUCGUGUUCGCCGUCAAUGUUAGUUUCUCACGCUUGUUUCUUGGAAUGCACUGGCCUGCAGAUAUGGUGGCGGGGUUUGGCUUGGCUGGGUUGAUUCUCGUGUCGCACGCUGCCUUCUUGCGGUCUUGGGUUCUGACGAUCGCCUCGCUGGCCACGGUGGAGGUGUGGCACUACAUGCUGGCCCUUCUCGUCGUGCAAGUGCUGGCCGUGUCCCACGCCGCCCCGCGCGAAUUUUGCCCGUGCUACUUGGACAGCCUGCGCUUCCUCGGCGCCGCGCUGGGCGCUCUCUUUGGUGGCUGGGCGUUUUACUCGCAGUACGGCACUUACACCGCCCGAACACCGCCGGCUGACUUAUGCGGGACGCUUCUAUCGUGGGAAUUUUUGCUGCAAUACAUCUGCUGCUUCUUCGUGCUUGUGCUUGGGAAGACGAUAACCUCGUUUGUCGCCACUCCGCUCCUUCGCUGGUUCUUUAGCUCCGUUUCUCGGAGAGCCGCGCCGAGUCGUCCGUGGCUGUGGCGACGAGUGCGCGCCGCGCUGUCGGACGCCGUGCGCCGUGCGUACUGGAUCCCCCUCUGCGAGGGGCCGGCCGCGGGAGCCGCGCAGCAGCAGCAGCGGAAGCCGACGCCAACCGCCGACGCUGCGUGCCUGCCGGGGUGCGCGGGGUCGUCGGUGGAGGUCCUGCUGCCGCGCACGUGCGACGAGGACGCGGCGCCGCGCGACCCCGUCCAGAUGUGGUCCCCGCGCACGCAUGGACACUGGUGGCUGUGGGAGGCGCACCGUUGCACCGUCGCCUACUUCGCGGUCGGUUUCAUGAUCAUGUACGUCUGCCCGGUUAUUCUGCGUGUCUGCUUCCGUGUGAGUUAA